CGACCUGGCCGUCUCUGUCACCGCGCCGCGCAUCACGCCGAGGGAGCUGCCGCGCCCGCCGUGGCGCCGGUGCCACAUCCCGCCGGUGCCACAUCCCGCCGGUGCCACAUCCCGCCGCACCGCCGGUGCCACAUCCAUCCCCCUGCAGCGCCGCCUCGACGGCGAGGAGCCGCCCGUCCUCUGCAAGGCAGUAACAUAAAGACGUGUCAUACAGGAGAUAAGAAAAGGAGGAAGAGUAAAGAGGGAGACAAACUUUCUCAGAAGUUAUUUGUACAAAGGUUUUUUGCCUAAACUUAUGUAACUACUGCAAGCUAUCAAGUCUUAUGAAGUUGAAGUUCAUUCUUCAAGUGUGAUUUACUCAGUACAGCAUAAAAUCAUGAUGAAAAAGUUGAGCAUACCUACAAGCAAAACUUCCCUGGUCCUUUUUCUGUGCCAAAUUAUUUCUGCACUGGAUGUACCUCUUGACUUGUCACAACCUCCUACGAUAACUCAGCAGUCUCCAAAAGAUUACAUUGUUGACCCUCGAGAGAAUAUUGUAAUACAGUGUGAAGCCAAAGGAAAGCCACCUCCUAGCUUCUCUUGGACACGCAAUGGAACUCAUUUUGAUAUAGAUAAAGAUGCACAGGUAACAAUGAAACCAAAUUCAGGGACUCUUGUCAUAAAUAUUAUGAAUGGUGGGAAGGCAGAAGCAUAUGAGGGAGUUUACCAGUGUACAGCAAGGAAUGAACGAGGAGCAGCUAUUUCCAACAAUAUCGUUAUAAGGUCUUCUAGAUCGCCUUUGUGGACAAAGGAAAAGCUAGAACCAAAUCAUGUUCGUGAAGGUGAUUCACUAGUACUGCACUGCAGACCUCCUGUUGGCUUACCACCACCUAUCAUAUUUUGGAUGGAUAAUGCUUUCCAAAGGCUGCCUCAAAGUGAGAGAGUUUCCCAAGGUCUAAAUGGAGAUCUUUAUUUUUCUAAUGUACAACCAGAAGACACCCGGGAGGACUAUAUCUGCUAUGCAAGAUUUAAUCAUACACAAACUAUACAGCAGAAACAACCCAUAUCUGUAAAAGUCUUUUCAAUGGAUUCAUUGAAUGACACUAUAGCUGCUAAUUUGAGUGACACUGAUAUUUUUGGUGCAAAGCCAGUUACAGAAAGGCAGCCCGUUCUUCUAACACCAACAGGUAGCACAAGUACCAAAGUGGAACUCAGAGGAAAUGUGCUUUUGUUGGAGUGCAUUGCAGCAGGAUUACCCACACCGGUAAUCCGCUGGAUCAAAGAGGGUGGGGAACUGCCAGCCAACAGAACAUUUUUUGAAAAUUUUAAGAAAACUCUCAAGAUUAUAGAUGUUUCGGAAGCUGACUCUGGGAACUACAAAUGUACAGCAAGAAAUACAUUAGGUUCAGUUCAUCAUGUCAUUUCAGUAACUGUGAAAGCCGCUCCAUACUGGAUAACAGCACCCAGAAACUUGGUCUUGUCUCCUGGAGAAGAUGGAACAUUGAUCUGCAGAGCUAAUGGCAACCCAAAGCCGAGUAUAAGCUGGUUAGCAAAUGGUGUUCCCAUAGCAAUUGCCCCAGAAGAUCCUAGCAGAAAGGUGGAUGGUGACACCAUUAUUUUCUCACAUGUGCAAGAAAGGUCAAGUGCUGUCUAUCAGUGCAAUGCUUCUAAUGAAUAUGGAUACUUGCUAGCAAAUGCAUUUGUGAAUGUUCUGGCUGAGCCACCAAGAAUUCUGACUCCUGCUAAUAAACUGUAUCAAGUCAUUGCAGACAGUCCCGCAUUGCUAGACUGUGCUUAUUUUGGGUCACCUAAGCCUGAAAUUGAAUGGUUCAAGGGAGUGAAAGGUAGCAUCUUGCGUGGAAAUGAGUACGUUUUCCAUGAUAACGGAACCUUGGAAAUUCCAGUGGCUCAGAAGAGUAGUGCUGGUACAUACACAUGUGUAGCAAGGAAUGAAUUAGGAAAGAUACAAAAUGAGGUGCACUUGGAAAUUAAAGAUCCAACAAUGAUCAUUAAACAGCCAGAAUACAAAGUGAUUCAGAGGUAUGGCCAGGCUUCUUUUGAGUGCAUAAUAAAACAUGAUUCUACCUUACUACCGACAGUUACAUGGUUGAAGGACAAUGAUGAACUGCCAGAUGAUGAAAGGUUUCUAGUUGGUAAAGACAACUUGACCAUUAUGAAUGUAACUGAUAAAGAUGAUGGAACAUACACUUGCAUAGUUAAUACUACUCUGGACAGUGUUUCAGCAAGUGCUGUGCUUACUGUUGUUGCUCGGCCAAAUCCACCCUUUGACUUGGAAUUGACAGGUCAGCUAGAAAGAAGCAUUGAUCUCUCAUGGAUACCAGGAGAUGAAAACAACAGUCCCAUUACAAACUUUGUAAUUGAAUAUGAAGAUGCACUGCAUGAACCAGGAGUGUGGCAUUACCAGACUGAAGUCCCUGGCACUCAGGCAACAGUGCAGCUGAAGUUGUCUCCGUAUGUCAACUACUCAUUCCGUGUGAUAGCUGUCAAUAAGAUUGGCAGAAGUCAGCCAAGUGAACCAUCUGAGCAGUACCUGACGAAAUCUGCAAGCCCUGAUGAAAAUCCUGCUAAUGUACAGGGGAUAGGCUCAGAACCCGAUAAUUUGGUAAUAACAUGGGAGCCUUUGAAAGGUUUUCAGUCUAACGGACCAGGGCUUCAGUACAAAGUCAGCUGGCGCCAGAAGGAUGUUGAUGAUGAAUGGACAUCUGUUAUAGUUGCAAAUGUAUCUAAAUAUAUUGUGUCUGGUACACCAACUUUUGUUCCAUAUGAAGUAAAAGUGCAAGCUUUAAAUGACUUGGGGUAUGCACCAGAGCCAUCAGAGGUGAUUGGACAUUCAGGGGAAGACUUGCCAAUGGUUGCUCCAGGCAAUGUACAGGUUCACGUUAUUAACAGCACAUUAGCGAAGGUGCAUUGGGACCCAGUUCCACUAAAAACUGUCCGGGGACACCUUCAAGGGUACAAAGUUUACUACUGGAAAGUGCAGAGUCUAUCCAGAAGGAGUAGACGACAUGUAGAAAAAAAGAUCUUGACUUUCAGGGGAAACAAGACUUUUGGAAUGUUACCAGGGCUGGAGCCCUAUAGUUCUUACAAGCUGAAUGUUAGAGUUGUUAAUGGUAAAGGAGAAGGACCAGCAAGCCCAGAUAAAGUAUUUAAGACCCCUGAAGGAGUUCCUAGCUCACCCUCCUUUCUGAAGAUUACUAACCCAACAUUGGACUCUCUGACUCUGGAGUGGGGUUCACCCACCCAUCCAAAUGGUGUUUUGACAUCAUAUACACUGAAGUUUCAGCCAAUCAACAACACACAUGAAUUGGGUCCCUUGGUAGAGAUAAGAAUUCCUGCCAACGAGAGCAGCUUGAUAUUAAAAAAUUUAAAUUACAGCACCCGGUACAAGUUUUACUUUAAUGCACAAACUUCAGUUGGAUCAGGAAGUCAGAUAACUGAGGAAGCAGUAACAAUUAUGGAUGAAGGAUAUUCAGAAAUCCUUUUUGCAACUUCCCCAGUCAUGCACACUGUCCGUCCAACAUUCUAUAAGGUUCAACCACUUUAUCCAAGGAUCAGAAAUGUUACAACAGCUGCUGCUGAGACCUAUGCCAAUAUCAGUUGGGAGUAUGAGGGACCAGAUCAUGCGAACUUUUAUGUUGAAUAUGGUGUAGCAGGCAGCAAAGAAGAUUGGAAAAAGGAAAUUGUAAAUGGUUCUCGAAGCUUCUUUGUCUUAAAGGGUUUAACACCAGGAACAGCAUAUAAAGUCCGGGUUGGUGCUGAGGGCCUGUCUGGUUUUAGGAGUGCAGAGGAUGUGUUUGAGACAGGUCCAGCAAUGGCAAGCCGGCAGGUAGACAUCGCUACUCAAGGAUGGUUCAUUGGUCUCAUGUGUGCUGUUGCUCUUCUGAUCUUGAUUUUAUUGAUUGUUUGCUUCAUAAGGAGGAAUAAGGGUGGCAAGUAUCCAGUGAAGGAAAAGGAGGAUGCACAUGCUGAUCCAGAAAUACAACCUAUGAAGGAAGAUGAUGGAACAUUUGGUGAAUACAGGUCCAUGUCUGCUUGGACAGGAAAGAAACUGGACAAGGAAAAGAAAAGAAAAGGUAGCUGUGUCAAUUCUCCUGAAGCAGACCCUGUCUUUACCAAAGCAAAGUCUGUGAGAUCUGACAGAUCCAACUUCUUCAGAAGGUCAGGGGAUCAAUACUCCAGCACCAGAUCAGAGGCCUCCUACACCAGGAGGAGGGCUAGGCAGUCUUCAGAGCUUACAAGGGUUAGUUCUUUCUCUGCUUCCCUCUGCCGAGAGGAAAAGAGAUCAGACGAAUGGAAGUACAGGCAUGGCUCUAGACCUCAUGAUUCUGAGCAACAGAUAAUGGGGUCGGAGGAAGGCUCAGAUUCUCAGGCAGGACAGCCACCCCCUUUCCAGCAACCCCUCAGCUGCAACUCAAUUGGUGGCUUACUGGCAAGGCAGCAUUCCUCUCUUCAGCACUGGUGCAGCCAGACCCCAGACUGCAGCUCAGAUUCAGAAGACACUCAGAGCUCCUGCCACAGGAAGGUAAGACCUUCUACUACUACUCACUUCUCUGAAUCUGAAAAUAAUUCACUAAUGAAAUCUGUAAUCUUGCCUGAGCUGGCCACUGUCUUAAAGGAAGCUUUGACAGCAGCCAGACAAAGCAUAACGUCUGUGGCACAGGCUAGGUCCCAUUCACUAAAGCAUCCCAGGGUACCAGUUGCAGAAGUUCCACUGGUUCCUGUAGAAGCAUCUGAGAGCAGUUCCCAGAUGAGUUUUGAGUCUGAUCAUAUGGACAGUUUAAAAGAUCAAACAGCUUCUGGGAAGGAGAAGCCUAAGGCUGACAAGGCCUUGGUGGUUGAAUCAGCCCCUGAAGAUGAGGAGGCGGCAUCUGAGCCCCCUACAGAAGAUCCAGAAGGACUAGAUCCUCUGCGUAAAUUUGACAUGGAGAAUCAGAAUUACCUCUUUGAACACAUAAAGAGGGUGCUAAUGCUAAAAUCUUCCAAAUCUGAAUGUGCUUCAGAAGAACUGCUUAUCCCCUCUGAAGAAAGCAAGGUAGAUAAUGCACUUCCUAUCCAUUCAGCUGUGGAAGAUCUUGUCUGCAGGAUUUGGGGAAAUCCUGAAGCCAGGCAUGAAGCCCCAUCAGUCCUACGUAAGCUCUAUCCUUUUCCAGUAGAUAAAGCUGCUUUGUGGGGAACCUUGCCUGAGGUAGACAGAGCAUUGGUUACUGGUGGUUCUGUGCUGUCAGUGCGUCAUAAUACAGAUGCUCUCCCUAAAGAUCCUACUGACAGAAAGAUUGAGGAAGCAAUUAAAAGAUCUUUCAAGCUAGUUGCAGCCCAGCUUGGAGUAUCUAUCUACUGCAGUUAUGCUUCUAAAGCUUUACUAAUAUGGUUAGAAGGAGAACGAGCCGGAUUCAGAAAGAAAUGGGUCCCAUCUGGUGCCAUGCAGAGGAAACGCAGGUUGUGUAAAAUUGCAGCUAAUUUUAUCCAUGAUGCAGCUGAGGAUUCUCUUAGACUCACUGUUAAAAAUGUGGCGUGCCUUACUGUAGCCUGGAGAGCUCUAUGGCUGCGUCCUUGGAGCUCAUCGCUAGGUCUGAAAUACAAACUGCUGUCUUUACCAUACACAGGAGGCAAGCUGUUUGGUGAAUCCUUAGCCCAGAUCAUGAAGGAUUUCUCAGAACACAAACACUUAUUACAUCAGAGGAAAAAUAAGAGCUCUGCUGGAAGCUCUUCCUGUUCUCCUCACAAGUGUGUGAGCUCCUUGCGUUCUCCUCCAAAGUUCAAAGGAGGGAAGGGAAAGUAUAAGGUCUCACAAUCAUUUCAUGCCAAGUACGAAAAGACAUCUCACUUUCAGAGAGAUACCAGACCAUCAAGAGGAACUUUCUAAGAAUAUAGACUUGCUUCCUAGUUUCUCAAGAACUGAGAAGAGUGAAAGACAUGGAAAUGUUUCAAUAUUUUUGGACAAAUAAACCCAAUGCUUACAAAAUUAGUUGUUUCAAAGUAAGAUUUCAAUUAUGAAGUUACUUAAAUCUUAAUGACUAAUUAAGAUAUUCUAGAGAAAUGAUAGCUCUCAGUUUUAGGGGAGGGUUUUUUCACAUUUUAUUUCUAGCCUUCCUAGUGGUCUUUUUUGUUUGAAGUUUUGCACUCCUAAACUUCAACUAGGAAAAUACUUUCUGCAUGAAAGUAUCCUGCAGGACCAGACAACAUGAGAUUUUUCUGUCAUAUUGAUCUGCUGAAGGAAAUAAUGCUUUAGGAAAUGCAGGUGUUUCGGGAACCAUGGAAUGAUUGUGGAUUCCUGUGACUGGAUGGAUUCCUUUUUUUUACAUAAUAAGGGAAAACAGUGCCUCCAUAGCAAUCUACACUGCAUUCUCAGUGGUUUUCUUAGUUGCAAAAGAUUGAGAAAGUAAAUUGUGGACAGUCAUUGUCUACACCAAGAAACUGCAAGAAACAGAAUAAAUACCACAGAUGUGUGUUGAGAUCAGCAUAGGUGUUUAGAUAAGUCUAAAUAUUCCUCCUGGUCCAUAAAUUGAGAGAAAUUUAGAAGUUAGGACAGCUACAGACCCAUGGGUUCAUGGGCAGGAAGACUGUAAGCAAGUAGCUACAAGGGAGGGACAGAAGUCCAGUGGUGUGUAGAAUGUUCUUAGGAAGAUAAAAUAGAACAAGGCAACUCCAAUAGUAGGAAUGCUAGUGUGGUAACACAGGAUUUUUGCACAUUUUGGUGAAUUAUUUUGUCUCUUUUCUUCAAUAUUUUGAUACACAGUAUUUUUCCUAGAAAUUCUAGGAUAUGCUGUGAGACACUGUGGCAUAGUGUUCUGGGAUUGCUGGAUAAUAUAUUACUGUUCCUUCUUCUUCUGAGUUGAUUAACAAUGAAAAUAAAGUUUGUAACCACAACUGUGGGUUUUUUUCUUUUGUAGUUACUUAACUUGAAGCUUAGGUGUGUUUCCACAGGGACCUAGCCAUGAUUUGUGCCCCAAGACUGUAAUUCUAAGCUUGGUCCCUUCCAGAACAAGAGAUUAUCUCUAUGGACUGCCUGAAAAACUGAACAGUCAAAUUGGAUUUGGCAGUGGUCUUACUGUAUUGUAAUUUACACACAUGUGCUUUCUUUGACAAUUCUUGUUUUAUUUCUUAAAUACUUGUGUGAUUAACAACUUUUUCAACACAUUGCUUUUUAAAGCUUCAUCAUCCAGUUUUUCCAGUUUCUGCCAGGAUUGAAGAUUGAGUAUUAGAGAGAUGUUAAUGAAAAAUUACUCAGAAGAUUAAUAUAAGUGUGCUUAAGUCUUAGCUAAAUAAGAAAUAGUAAAAUGUUUUGAAGUCUGGAUGAACUCUAAUAAUAUUAGGACUCAUAAUUUAGUCCUAGUUAUUUAGGAGUAUGAGCAGAAACCCGUUAGGUAUAGGGACAGAUUCUCCUGGAGUAUGCAAGGAAGUCAUAGCAGAAGGUAUUUCUGUGGCUUUACCUGAUUGCUUUUACUUAAGCAUUUCUGGGCUAUUGAUCUGUGGUCACAGAAAAAGGAAUUUAGUGCCAACAGUUUUCAUCUUCUGCAUCCACUUUCUGUGUCUCAUAGCCCAGAAUGCUUUACCCACUUUGUUUCAUGUUGCCUUUCACCUGACAGUUGUGCUUUAAGGAAAAGCAGUAAAUUGCUAACCAUAUAUUGAGUCUUUUGCAUGUCUAUGAAUGUGGCAAAGUUUAGUUGGGAACUAGUUGCCUGCUGGACUGCAGAGGCAUCGUAAAAGUGUCUUCCUCAUUCUGACUGGUUGCUGCAUAUACCCAUAACUAAGGAAGAAAAAUUGAAAAGUUGAAAGAAGAAAGGAGAUUUCAAGUGAUGCAGAGGACCAUAAACCUCUAAAAAAAGGAAGCCGGACACCUUCAGACAGAACUGUGAAAAAAGAAGACAGUGAUGAU